UCAGUGGUCAGAGCGACGGUCCGCUCGCGUUAUCAACGUUGAUAUCGUGAGCGGACCGUCGCUCUGACCACUGACAAAGCGCGAUAAGCGCCAAAAAGGCAUCGCUACAAAAUACCGGCCCAGGUGCGGGGAAACGAGCCGGCGCCAGAUCACGUGACGCGCGCGUCCAAUCAGGGUCGUUUGGUGUGUCGCGGGGAGGGAAAGGAAAGGGGGUCGGCGCGCGCUCCGGCGGGCUUCCCUCGCCUCAGAUAGUCUCGACGACCGGAUGGGAAUCCUGCGUGUGGUUCGUUCUACCGAGGAGCAGGCUGCGUUUGAGCAACGGCGCCGCGAGCGCGUUCGGGAAAGGGCUCGUCGUCAACGUGUCGAUCCUAGCGUGAGGGCUUCCGAAGGCCAGGCGAAACGUCAGCGAAGAGCCGCGGACCCCCGAGUUGCGAGAGCGCGAUGUUGAGGCUAAACUCCAGCAAAGAGCCGCGCACCCUCAGUUUAGGGCAAACGAAGCGGAACGCCUGCGACAGCGUCGCCUUCCCUUCAGGAACCCGACAACGGUGGUGCACGCCUCGUAACUACGGGAAAGUAGUAGCUAGGUCAGGUACACACACGAUAAGCUUCGCUUAUCCCCAUUUUCUCAACAGGGGAAGGGCUGGUGAUUUUUUUCAUCACUCCCCUACCGCCUAGAAACCCCACCGUGACCCGCCAUUCUCUUCCGGCGGAGGACGAAUAGUCCAGAGCGGAAGUAUCCUAUUUAGCACAAUAGAUGUUUUUAAACAAAAAAAUUUUUAGCAUCGGAAUGAAACUCGUGCCAUCUCUCUGUGCGCUGUAGUUUCUAUUGGCCAACGCUUCGCCGUGGGCACAUACCGACCUGUGUAAUUUUAAUUGUGUGGGAGAGAAAAGACACGAGCGACGAAGACGGUUUGGCCGCAGGUUUCUUGGCAGUUUGUGGUUUUGUACAAUGAACUGAACGUAUGAGUUUUUGAAUGUUUUUUUUUUUCAUUAAAUCGAAUGUGUAAAAUUUCAAAAGAUCAAGUAAAAGUUCAGGCACACAGUUGUUGGCCAAUCCCCCAGUGUGGGUACGAGCCAUAGUAUGAGGCCAUCAUCAUCUUUUUGGCCAUUAAUCCCCCGCUGUAGUGGGUAAGCCCCAUGGAUUAAGGAUCAAGAAAGCAAGUGGUUUGGCACUCCGGUGCUAGGCGCCUCGCACCAUGGCGAAAAAUCAGGCGAGAAAAGCCCACCCAGCUCGAAACUCCAAAAGACAGCCCGCGCAGUCCGGCAGGCGGGAAUCGGCGACCCCGUCCAAGGCCUCGUCCGAGGCCUCGUCCAAGGAAUCGACGCCGCCGAAGAAGCAGCCAGCCCAGGCACAAGGGCAGCAGCCGGCCCAUGCACAAGGGCAGGGGCCGGCCCAGUCACAAGGGCAACAGCAGCCGGCAGCCGCCCAGCCUCAAUGGGUACAACAGUAUCAGCAACAACCCAUGUACCAAGGACCCAUGGGUAUGGGUAAUUUCAUGGGAUACCAGGACCCCAUGGCUCAGAUGCCGGGUCAGGCGUACGUGGACCCGGCCGACCCGAACACGGUGCACUACGAGGGCUUUGACGCCGGCGCCCGAUUCACCGACGUGUCUCCUGCCCGGGUCCCGCCGCCGCCGCCAGGGGUCAUGCCCAACCCGGCCCAGGUGGCGCUCAUGCAAGGCCGUAACGUCGUGGUCACGCAGCGCAAGUCCAACAUCCUCGGAGGGGGAUCCAGCGGUGGCGUGGACACGUCCUGCACGCUGCAGUGACGUCACGGUCGCCCGCCGCCGUCGCCAGUUGAAAUCAGUGCAGCAGUGGAAUAUUCGCAACUGCGGUUAUAUUCGAUGCAGUAAAUUGCUUACAUUACUAACGCUUCUGUACACUUAUUCUAUAAACUUAUUAUUGCGAUAGCAAUUAUAUGGACACUUCAACCGGAUUUAUGCCGUCGCCGUGAGGUUCCGUAUAGACUCCUAGGGCGAUAAAGUCGUCGCGCGCGAGUGAAAGCGCGCGGGGACGCGCGCUAUCACGGAGAGCGGACGCACGGCAGAAAGCAAACGCGACCGUCGCACGAAAGGCCGUGGGGGUAUGUGAGGGAGGCGGGGCGACGCUGUGCUACGGCACCAAAUGCGUAUCUUGCAAUGCAACCGGGCGCAAGGAGAACUGGCAACGCAAUCUCCCACGCGAAAGCAAGAAAGCGGGAAGGCAGCGCGGGAGGGAGGGGGAGCAGCUUCUACUCUGCCAAUAACUACGCUUGCACUGGCUGUGGUGGCGGUCGCCCGCACCGUCUCUUAUCUCCACACGGCUCUGACCUUUGUAUGCGCUGUGCAUUCGCCGCUCAGUUUCCGUUGAAGCGAUAGACCGCACGAACCUUCGCCCGCUGCGACGGCUGCGCUUGCUGCCAGCGUUUUGACAGUCGUCUGCGGUAUUCAGUGUGAUCUAUUCAUGUUUGCUUGUGUGCGAUGACACCACGCUUGUCAAUUCAGUCAGAAAGCGAAUGUGUCCAAGUUUAUGCAGCCGAUAAAACUACUAUCCCUACUCCGAAUAGCUCUCUGAUAAUUUGCUAUCGCAAUUGAUGCUUCGCCUUUCGGGCGAAACUGCGACAUUUUUUUUCGUUGCCGCUGGAGUAUUAGUUAUUAACAUUGAACAUAGCCUUGCUGGAAAGCCUGUAGCGCUUCCUAACUAACUUCGUCCUCUGAAUCUCAUCAACCUUUCAAAUUCAAUCCUCCAAACUAAAAAAAAAAAGUUUCCUGAACAAAAUGGCGCUGAAGGAGCCCAUGACCAAACAGCUCGAAUUACUGGACAUUGACUUGCCUUGGAAAUCGCUUCUUAGUUGGUGCCAAACAGAAAAUCCCUCCGAGUCAUAACUAGUCAAACAUAUAUAGAUACAGUCGAACGCCUUAAUGACGAAGUGCUUUUGGCCUCCGAAAUAAUUCGUCAUACAGGUGACUUUGUUGUAAAGGUCGCGCACCGCACAGUUCACAAUAGAACCUGGAAAUAAUUAUUCCUUCGUUAUACAGGUAAUUUCGUUGCACAGAGGCGAUCGACUGUAUAACUGAACACGCUUUAACGAACAAUUAAUGGUUAUAACGAAGCAAGCGUCAUUCUCACAGACCCCCACGCAUUUGAAAUCUUGUUUUAACGAAUCGCAAAUUUUCUACAAAUUGAUAUAACGAACCCCCUCCCCCCAUUUUCUAAAUGCUUAAAUGAGGCCUUACUGAUAAUUUUGCGCCGGCUAAGCUUAACUCUGACGGUAUACGAGGGUGCUGAUAUAGUUCCGUCUGAUGCAGCAUUUCCAAUAUCCCGCGGGCUCCCGCCAAACUGACAGCGCUGCCGUACUUGCAACCGUGAUUAACUUCCUACACAUGCGCCAUUCGAUUAUCUUUUGCGUCAUGGGACCGUUAUAUAUAACACUCCAUGCAUUUCACUUUCCUUUCUUAUUUUGCUCUUCGUCAUUGGUUCAGACAAAAUGAUAAUGGUAAUUUCCUAUUCAUGGGAAGUUGAAAUGUAUCGUUAAAAAAAAGUCGCAGUUUCGCCCGGAAGGCGAAGCAUCAAUUGCGAUAGAAAAUUUACUAGUAGAGUAUACGGAGUAAGGAUAGUAGUUUUAUGGGCUACAUAAAAUUGGACACAUUCGCUUAAUAACUGAAUUAACAAGUAUAUGGUGUCAGCGCGCUCAAGCAAACAUGAAUAGAUCACACUCGAUGACCGGAGACAAGCACUGUCGGAACACUGGCGUGGGCAAGCGCGGUUGGAGCAGUGACCGAAGGUUCGUGUGGUUUAUCGCUUCAACGGAAACUGAGCGGCGAAAGCACAGCGCAUACAAAGGUCAGAGCCGUGUGGAGAUCGCUUAAAAGAUACGGUGCCCGCGACAGCCCUUCGCCGUGUUAAGUACGCAGUUCCUGGCAGAGUAGAAGCCGCGCACCAUCCCUCCCGCGUUGUCUUCCCACUUUCCUCCUUUCGCGUGGGAGAUUGAGUCGCCAGUUCCCAUUGCGCCGACCGGAGACGUGUUUGUUUGUUUUCCGUCGUGCGUUCGCUCUCCGUGAAAGCGCGCGUCCCUCGCGCGCUUUCACUCGCACGUGCAGCAUUACGGAGCGCGGCGACGAGUUUAUCGCCGUUGGACUUUAUACGGAACCUCACGGCGACGACGACGGCAGGAAUGCGCUUGAAGUGUCCAUAUAAUUGCUACAUCAAUAAAAGACGACUUAGUUCUCAUAUGCGCUCGCUUCGUGAUCUGAGACGAAAGACGUAUGCCAUUUUUGGAUGCGAAAGCGUCAAAUGGCCCAUUGAGCAAAAAGCCGGCGUCUGUCGUCUAGAUAAGCGAAAAACGGCACCUAAAUUCCCAUUGGCUGCGACGCCACGUCACGAGCGCGCCUCGAUGGAGCAGAGCGGGCGAAAGGGUACACUUCCCGCGGCGAUAGCGCGCCAGGUGUUGCGUGAGGGGAGAGAGCAUCGCCGAGACGCCACGCCACCCUCGCUCUAGGAAGCCUGCGUGUUAUCCGCGCGUUCCUUGUCCGCGCAAGCUCUCGCCUACGUUCUAACUGCGCGUCGGUAAGGCCAAAUCAAAACGCGCCAAGCCAGAUGGAAGGCCUGUACACUCGGCUCUAUGACGUCAUGCUACUUGGACCGAAAUUUCCAUUGCCAAGCCCGUCGUGACGAAAGCGGUGACGUCGAAGUCAUCCGGGACUUACUCGGGAGCGUCCCCCUUCGAUUCUACGGCAGUUGGGCAACGUGGCAUGACGUCACGGAUCGAAAUGCACUGGCCUUGUGCUAGUGUUCAUAACCGCUCAACGACGUUCAAUUGGACAUUAAUGCUUUCGCACUUUCGCUCAACUCGUAAAUGCAUAGCUGUCCUCGGAUUAUUUAAAACUUGGGUCUCUCGUUUUCCACGCUGUUGGAUGAUCAUGAGUGAGCGUUCACGGUACGUUCCGCUCGGAGCUGUGUACAUAGGGACAUGCUUAUUUCGGCCAAAGUCUUCGAAAAAAAUUUUUGCGUUUACCGCUGCAGUAUUCUUGCUCAAAUUUAGCAGAAAGAUCGCAUUUUGGAGCCUUCGUCGUUCAAUGAAACACUUGGCACAGCUACUUUCCUUGUUUCUAAGAAAAAUAUGCAAGAUUGUCUUCGUUUAUGGUAAUGCAAGCUCCUGUCGAAACGGCGCUAGCAUAAACUCGUGUCGCCGCUUGCUGGAAACUGCAGAAAACAGUCGUUCAGGGAGGUUUGUCGCGCGCGUGUUUCAGAGGAGCGGUCGGCACGCGGCAACCCUCCCUUGAACGGCUGCUUUUUGCAGCUGCCGAAAAGCGGCGACACAAGUUUACGCUAGUGCUAGCUGCCUUCGCAGCAGUUUGCAUCUUCAUAAACGAAGGGGACUUUCUUAAAAAUGAGUGCACUAAUUUAUCUGUUACAAGCGCUGUUUUGAACGACGUAGAUACUCGUACCAUAACGCGAUAUUCCUGCGAAAUUUAAGCAAGAACAGUGCAGCAGUAAGCGCAGAAGUUUUUAAGAGAAAU